AUACGCUAAAAACGGUUUGUGACCCGCACCAUCAUCCACCUUAUAACUGGAGAGCGGCUGUCGACCCUGAGAUGUGUUUCAAUUAAUAAAGGAGGUGAUAAACAUCUGCGCCCUGUUCGAUUACCUGCAGUACAGCACGCGCUCGCGAGUGGAGGCGUGCGUCGCUCUUUCUCCAGAACUCAGAGGCGCUUUUCAGAGUGUCAGACCAGCUCGGUGGAAAUGAUGUGUUUCAACACUAUGAAGAAGGGACUCUUCCAAUAAACGUUAAAAAGGCGCCUGACUAGAACAAGUCCGUUUGAAGUUCACUCCAUCAUCUACUCGAGAAACACGCGACGAUGCACGCGACGGUCGGAAUCCUUUGUGCUUUGACUUUCCUGGUCUCGUGCAGCCGUGGCGCGAGAGUUGUGAGUGGUCAGACAGUGUGUCAGGGCAGUCCUGAGCAGCCGUGCUAUAAGAUCGCUUACUUCAGGGAUGUAUCGAGUCGUGUUGCAUUCUGGGAGGCUCAGCAUGCUUGUGACAUGGAUGGUGGUUCGUUGCUGAGCAUCGAGAGCACAGCAGAGCAGAAGCACAUCGAGCAUCUCCUGCAGGAACUCAGCGUCUCCACUUCCACCGGCUCUUCCAGUGGGUCGGGAAUCACAGACGGGGACUUCUGGAUCGGGCUGACACGAGUCGAGGACGAGACCGCACAGGAGCCUGGCAGCUUCGCCUCGUGUCCUAACCUGUAUAGGUGGACAGAUGGAAGUGUCUCACAGUUUAGAAACUGGUAUGCUGAUGAACCAUCGUGUGGAGGAGAAGCUUGCGUGGUGAUGUAUCACCAGCCUACAGCUCUCGCUGGACCUGGUGGGCCGUAUCUUUACCAGUGGAAUGAUGACAGGUGCAAUAUGAAGCACAACUUCAUCUGCAAGUAUGAACCAAAAAGUUACCUGGUAAAAGUGCAGAGUGACACGCCUGGAGGGUUUAAUGUUGAUCUUUCCUCAGAAGAACAAGAGGAGAAGAAAACAUCUCCCGUCGAUCAGGAAGAGAACCCUCUACUGAUAAUGCCAGGGCCCUCAAGUAUGCUGCUAAUCUACGUGAUUAUCCCCACCAUCCCUCUCCUCUUGCUGAUCCUGGUGGCUUCAGGAACGUGCUGUUUCCAGAUGUUGAGCAAGAGUAAACCACGGACCAAAACGAGCGUUAACCAGUCAACUCUCUGGAUCUCCAAGACGCCAAAGAUAGACAGUGGCAUGGAGGUUUAAAGAUUUAAACAACUCCAUUUUUCUGGCUUUGUCAUCUAUGUUGCUUGAUCAGCAAAAUUCUCGUCCGGUGGUUAGUUUAGUGUAUUAUUUAUUAAUACUAGCUACAAGUUAUAUUCAUAUCGCAUUUCUGUACAAACGUUGUGUUCUCAGAAAUUCUUUAGUCUACAAGUUUCCUGCUCAUUCCCAUGGCCACCUUCUCCAUUUCAUUUUUCUUGUCAGAUAGUCUGACCUGAAGGCAACUGAGGGCUGCUUAGGGAGGGUGAAUACUAAUUGGCACCAAACACAGUGAGCAAUUAAAUUACUGUAAUUAAAGCAAGUACAAGUGGGAACCACAUAAAAAGAGGGAUUAAGAAUUCUUGUGACAGCAAAUAGUGACACACAAACUAAAGCUAGUGACACAGUAAAGAAAUCAAUCACUAAAAGAGCAUAUAAGACCGCCUCAUAGGUUUUUGAAGAAUUUGAGCAAUGUGUCUAAUUCAAGAAAUGAGAGGCCUGUUUAAUCACAUGCAUUGCCAAUAAUGGCAUGAUAUCAUGUAAAGUUCUGUGCAUACAAUUAAUAAUUUGGUAGCAAAAGAAUUAUUUUGAAACACAUGCAGUCAUUCUGUAAAUGACUUCAGAAUUAUUGGCUUUAUAUAGUGACUGUUAUGCGCUGCAGCUUAUGAGGACGUUGUCAUAAAGAAAACAGAUGAAUUCAUAAUAAAUGUACAUAUUUUUUGUACGAUGUGACUGCAAAACUGCUUUUAGCUGCCACUGUUACAUAUGCAGUUUUUUGCAUGUGAGUAUUUUAUCAUCCCCUUUUACAAUACCGCAUAUAGAAAACGUCAAUGGUAUUUAUUGAACUGGUUUGCAUCAUAGUGAUAUUGUAUCAGAUACCAAAAUUAGUCAGUUAGAUGUCUGGUUGUACAGGAAUAUGUGUUUCUGUGAGCGUGGGUAAUAUUGCGUGUUUGAAUUUAAAAAGUGCUGUUAAUACUUUUUUAUAUUUUUGAGACAGGAAUUGGACGUGUACAAAUGGAUUAAAAAUAUUUAAUUGCGAGGAUGUUUCAGUAUGUUUUUAUGCAUCUAAAAUCAUUCCACAUAAAUGCUUAAUCGCAAACAAAAACAAAAACUUUUGAGUUACUGGAUUAAUUUUGAUUAAUCUGUUUUGUGAUUCAUCAAGGAGCG